GUCGUCAAUGGCGGAGGGCGGUGUCCGCCAUGGCGCCCGCGUGUCAGCGGAGGCGCACGACAGCACAGCUGCAGCAGCCGAGGACAUAGGAGGAGGAGGAGGAGGAGGAGGAGGAGGAGGAGGAGGAGGAGGAGGAGGAGGAGGAGGAGGAGGAGGAGGAGGAGGAGGAGGAGGAGGAGGAGGAGGAGGAGGAGGAGGAGGAGGAGGAGGAGCUGUGAGCAUGCGGGUGCAAUAUUGGGCGGCGGGGAGCAGUGGAGUGUAGUGGGGAGCGGUGGAGUGCAGUGGGGAA